CUAAUCGCCAUAUCAGCCAAAGAAGCAACACCUCCGUGUUCGAGCGAAGCGGAAGUGGAGGAAUUGACAGAAAACAGAACAUACUUUAGUUGACCGGGGAGCUGUUUACUGGGGCUUGUGUUCUUCUACUGCUGGAAGGCUCAAGGCUGCGAAUGUUUGAGACCAUCACAUGACCAUGUGCCGAGGUUCCCCGGUGACUUCCACGCCUCGGCCACUCAACAUCCUCCGCAGAGUGUCAAGUGCCGUUCCAAAAGCAUAGGAUAGAAGCAGAAAGCUGACGGUGACGUCCAAAAACAUCAAUCCAUCAAUCCACCCAGGUCGCAUGUCCGAUCUUUAACCAUCUCUCUUCUCAUUCCUCAGCGUUGCUUCUUCAGUGCCAUCAUAUAACCAUCCUUCCCCCUGGCUUACCCGAUUCGCUUCCGACUGUCGUAACCCCCUCGCAUCUGCGUUGUUGACACCCGUAUGAGCCACGAGUGAAGAUGGUACAGGAACUCCGCUUCGACAACCAGACCGUCGUGGUCACCGGCGCCGGUGGUGGUCUGGGAAAGGCAUACGCCGUGUUCUUCGCAUCCAGAGGUGCCAAUGUCGUGGUGAAUGAUUUGGGCGGCUCGUUCAAGGGCGAGGGUGCAGGCACAAAAGCCGCCGAUGUAGUGGUGGAUCAGAUCAAGGCUGCCGGCGGCAAGGCCGUCGCCAACUACGACAGCGUCGAGAAUGGCGACCGGAUCAUCCAGACCGCCAUUGACAACUUCGGCCGCGUCGACGUCCUCAUCAACAACGCCGGUAUUCUACGAGACAUCAGUUUUAAGAACAUGAAGGAUUCCGAUUGGGAUUUGGUCAAUGCCGUGCAUGUCAAGGGCGCAUACAAGUGUACCCGAGCGGCGUGGCCUCAUUUCAGGAAACAAAAGUACGGCAGGGUCAUCAACACGGCCUCGGCGGCAGGCUUAUUUGGGAGCUUCGGUCAAUGCAAUUACUCAGCGGCCAAACUGGCCCAGGUCGGCUUCACCGAGACCCUGGCCAAAGAGGGCGCCAAAUACAACAUCAUUGCAAAUGUCAUCGCUCCCAUCGCCGCCAGCCGGAUGACCGCCACCGUCAUGCCUCCCGAUGUCCUCAAUAACCUGAAGCCCGAAUGGGUCGUGCCCUUGGUGGCCGUUCUGGUCCAUCCCACCAACACCCACGAAAGCGGCUCCAUCUUCGAGGUCGGUGGCGGCCACAUCGCGAAGUUGCGAUGGGAGCGUGCCAAGGGGCUUCUGCUCAAAGCCGACGAGACUUACACGCCCGGCGCCAUCUUGAAGAAGUGGGAUCAGGUUAACGACUUCUCCGAGCCCGAAUACCCCACGGGUCCCGCCGACAUGGUGGCCAAACUGGAAAACUCACUCCAGAUGCCGAGCAAUGAUCCUGGCGAGGAGAUCAGAUUCGAUGGUAAAGUGGUUUUGGUGACUGGAGGUGGUGCUGGUCUCGGACGCGCCUACUGCCUGGCAUUUGCCAAGCUCGGGGCCUCGGUCGUGGUCAACGAUCUCGUGAAUCCGGACACCGUCGUACAAGAAAUCCAAAAGCUCGGCGGAAAGGCCGUGGGCAACAAGGCGUCCGUCGAAGACGGCGAUGCGGUGGUCAAGACGGCCAUCGACACCUACGGCCGAGUCGAUAUCCUCAUCAACAAUGCCGGCAUCCUGAGGGACAAGGCUUUUGCCAACAUGACCGACGAGCAAUGGGAUAUCAUCAUGGCGGUCCACCUCCGAGGCACCUAUAAGGUGACCAAGGCUGCCUAUCCCUACAUGUUGAAGCAGAAAUACGGCCGAAUCGUCAACACGACCAGCACCAGUGGCAUUUAUGGCAACUUUGGCCAGGCCAACUACGCCGCAGCUAAACUCGGUAUUCUUGGCUUCUCCCGAGCUCUGGCGCUCGAAGGGCGCAAGAACAACAUCUUCGUCAACACGAUCGCGCCGAAUGCAGGCACCGCCCUCACCCGGACAAUCCUACCGGAAGAGUUGGUACAGGCCUUCAAGCCCGACUACGUCGCUCCGCUCGUGCUCCUCCUCUGCUCGGACAAGAUGCCCGACCCGCCAACUGGCCUGCUCUUCGAGGUUGGCAGCGGCUGGCAAGCCCGGACCAGAUGGCAGCGAUCCGGAGGUGUUGGCUUCCCCAUCGACGUACCUUUGGCUCCAGAACACGUGGUGGAGAGAUGGGCUAAGAUUGUUGACUUCAACGACGGCCGCGCCGAUCACCCGGAGACUCCGCAGGACGGCCUUAAGGCCAUCAUGGCCAACAUGGAGAACAAGAGCAACAAAUCGUCCGGCGGCUCCUCGGGCGAUGGAAAAGAUUACCUGGCCGCCAUCGAGAAGGCCAAGAAGGCCCAAUCCAAGGGCACCCCCUUCAGCUACGACGACCGGGACGUCAUCCUGUACAACUUGUCCUUGAACGCCCACCGGACUCAGCUGCCGCUGGUGUACGAGAACGACGACCACUUCCAGGUCCUGCCGACGUUCGGUGUCAUCCCCUACUUCAGUGCCGAGUUGCCCUUCAGCAUGGACGAGAUUGUGCCCAACUUCUCGCCCAUGAUGUUGCUGCACGGCGAACAGUAUCUGGAGAUUCGAAAAUUCCCCAUCCCGACCAAAGCAAAGACCGUCUCGUACCCCAAGCUCGUCGAAGUCAUUGAUAAGGGCAACGCUGGAAUCGUCGUCACCGGUGUCACCACCAAGGACGCCAACACCGGCGAUGACCUGUUCUACAAUGAGUCGACCGUCUUCAUCCGCGGAUCCGGUGGGUUUGGAGGCCCGAAGAAGGGCAGCAACCGCGGCAACGCCACCACGGUCUACUCACCUCCCAAGCGUGCCCCCGAUGCCGUCGUCGAGGAGGCCACCUCGCCCGACCAGGCCGCCCUGUACCGCUUGAACGGUGACCGGAAUCCCCUCCACAUCGACCCGGAGUUCAGCAAGGUGGGCGGAUUCAAGGAGCCCAUCCUCCACGGUCUCUGCUUCUUCGGCUUCAGUGGCAAGCACAUUGUGCAGACGUACGGUUUGUUCAAGAACAUCAAGGUCCGCUUUGCCGGCACCGUCCUGCCGGGCCAGACCUUGAUCACCGAAAUGUGGAAGGAAGGAAACAAGAUCAUCUUCCAGACAAAGGUCAAGGAGACUGGUAAGCUGUGCAUUGCUGCCGCUGGCGCUGAACUGCUCGGUGGUCCGAAGCCGAAGUUGUAGUGAAUAAAGUCAUGGUGGCAGGAAGGAGUAGCGUUGAUCGGACUGGAAUAGCAUUGUUGAAAGUACUUAUAUUCAAACACUAUAACCCGAUAUACGACUAUAUUCGUAUCCG